UGGAGCAAUAGAACGGAGUGGGACCGGGUGGGCGAGGACUCACGGGUCGUGGCCUCCGCGUGGGCCCGCUCCGUGUGGAAGCGCCGGCCACUCUGUCGUGCAGGGUGGCAUGCGGCACCGCACGUUGGCCUCCGACCCGGCCCUGUGGGCCUCCAUCCCGUGUCCACGCUCCGAGCUGCGCCUGGACCUGGUUCUGGCGUCCGGACAGUCCUUCCGGUGGAGGGAGCAGAGCCCUGCGCACUGGAGCGGUGUGCUGGGUGAUCGCGUGUGGACCCUGACGCAGACGGAAGAACACCUGCACUGCACCUCUUAUGGACGGGUCGGCAAGCCUACGCUGCGGGAGCUGGAGGCCGUUCGCCAGUACUUCCAGUUGGAUGUCAGCCUGGCCCAGCUCUACAGCCAUUGGGGUUCCGUAGACUCCCACUUUCUAGAGGUGGCUCAGCGAUACCCAGGGGUGCGACUGCUACGCCAGGACCCUGUCGAAUGCCUGUUCUCCUUCAUCUGCUCCUCCAACAACAACAUCACACGCAUCAGCGGCAUGGUGGAGCGGCUGUGCCAGGCCUUCGGGCCCCGGCUCGUUCAGCUCGAUGAUAUCACCUACUACGGCUUCCCCAGCCUGCAGGCUCUGGCAGGGCCACAAGUGGAGGCUUGUCUCAGGAAGUUGGGCCUGGGGUACCGGGCUCGCUACGUGACUGCCAGCGCCCGAGCCAUCCUGGAAGGCCAGGGCGGGCUGGCCUGGCUGCAGCAGCUGCGAACGGCCCCCUAUGAGGAGGCCCACAAGGCCCUCUGUGCCCUGCCCGGGGUGGGCACCAAGGUUGCUGACUGCAUCUGCCUGAUGGCCCUGGACAAGCCGCAGGCAGUGCCCGUGGACAUCCACGUGUGGCAGAUCGCCCGCCGGGACUAUGGCUGGCAGCCCACCACCUCGCAGGCCAAGAGCCCCAGCCCCCAGGCUAACAAGGAGCUGGGAAACUUUUUCCGGAGCCUGUGGGGACCAUAUGCAGGUUGGGCCCAAGCGGUGAGUGAGAACUACAGGUGCUGUUCAGUGCUGAUCUGCGCCAGCACCCCUGUCGUGCCCAGGAGCCGCCAGCAAAGCGCACAAAGGGGUCCAAGGGGCCAGAAGACUAGGGGGCCUGCCUGGCAUCUCUGCCUGCCCGCCCCCUCCCUUCCCUACUCUCCCACACCUGCAGCUACCUCAGGGCCAGGAGCCCCCAAACCAUGCAGUGUCAAUGCCAUGGACAGAGACAGGGCUAGCCGCGGUUUUAUCUUCCCUUUAUUACAAGAAGGAACAAUAAAAUAG